AGUUAGGAUGCCCUCCCAGUCUGGUGGGAUCCCCACUACCUGAGGUAAGCUGACGUCACGUGAUCGAAACCACACAUCUUACACCCCCUUAUCACGUGAUAAGUUUUCCUGUCACGUGAUCAGACUGCUCCUAAAGCUAUAACAGAGUGAAAUGCCCGCUCUUGAGGUUUUGGGUAGACGAUGGUACAUUGGCAGUGAUGAUCUCGUCUUCCCCACUUUCUUCUGUGUUCUUAUGAGAAUAUUUUGGGUGGUUAUAUUAGCGACCCGUUUCUCCAACUACCUAAACUCUACCUCCAACGAAGACUGUGUCCACCCUACUCUCGUUCUCACCUACCUUGCUACUGCUACAGCUCUUAUAUCUUUAGUUCUCAUCGUCGAGAUGCUGGUGAUGAUAAUUAGUAUGAGAGGAGGAAUAAUGCAGGUAGAAAAGAGGAGCACUAUUCCUGCUAUCUUACAUUUCAGAUUAUUCCUCUUCCUUCUUGAGAUAGGUUUGUGCAUGUUUGGAACGUAUUGGUGUCUCGUAGAGACCGGGUGUGAUAAAGACAUGAUUAUAUCAGUGAGACUUGUUGUUAUCAGUAACUGGGUGCUAAUAUCUCUUACUCUCAUCGGAGUGAUCGCUGUGUUUGACCCCUUUGGGGGGUAUCACAGUGAUAAGAGUAUGAAUGAUAAACUCUGGGAGAAAAGGUUCAAGUGUUGGUGUUGUUGUAUAGGACGUAAGGAGAACAGCCACGGAGCAUUUGAAGACCUGGCUCGUAUCUUCUCCUCUCAGUUUGCUGAUGUUGAUCUUGUAGCCUCUGAUAUAGCUGUGGGUCUUAUGAUGGUCUCCCAGCAACAACAUCUCGCUGCUCAGAAACGUUUAGAUGUCAAUCAGAUGUCAUUUGAGAUUGAAUGUGAGCGAUACGACUUCGAAAAUCGGGAAUCCAGAGAGACAUUCCAAGACCUGACAUAUUUCUCCUCCUACGCACUAGGAGCGUACGGCUGGCCCCUCUUCAUGUACAUACACCCGAUAACUGGGUGUUUUAACCUUUGUCAAGAAUGCAGUUUGUUUGGGAGAAGUUCAACGUCCGCUGGAUCCGAGGACAUUUGUCACAGCAACCACAUAGCUUUAAAGAAGUUGAGCGGAUUAGAAGAUAACGAUAUUCUCUACACUCAUUUCACCAGUAACAUCUACAGCCCAGCGUUCUACGUAGCUGUGGACCACAACAGACAAGUUAUCAUAGUAACAAUCAGAGGGACCCUCUCACUGCAGGAUGUUAUCACAGACAUGGUAUGUGAACCACAGGACAUACCAGGAAAUCCCGGACUACUAGCACACAGGGGAAUGGUGUUAUCUGCUUCCAACAUUAUAACUAUUCUAGAGACUGAUAGGGUUCUGGAGAAAGCUUUCAGUUUGUAUCCGGAGUUCCAGCUGCUGGUACUAGGACACUCCCUGGGAGCGGGAGCUGCGACCCUGCUCAGUUUCAUGCUCAGAGACCGCUACCCCACUCUCCGGUGUUUUGCAUACGGUCCGCCCGGUGGACUUCUCAGCGAAGAAGCAGCGGAAGAGUCUAAGAAGUUUGUGGUAUCGACUGUGGUUAACAAGGAGUUUGCAACCAGGCUCAGUAUAAAUAGCAUCGUGCAACUCAGAGACAGCGUUCUCUCUGCUAUUCAGAUCAACCAUAGAUCCAAGUGGAAGCUGACACUGGACCACAUAAUGUCGGUAAUGAGACUGAGACCAAUAGCGGAAGUGAUCCUAAACUCGGAGGAGGAAGCCCCGCUGAUCCUCCCUACUUUCAACAGAGCAGAGGAGGACCCGAGUGAGGUUCCUAAACUCUAUCCUCCUGGCAAAGUCAUCUUCAUUCACAGAAACGAGAUACAAGCCAGUUGCUGCAGCUCGUACAGCGGAGCACAUUACGACGUACUCUCCGCACCAAACAACGUGUUCGACACCAUACCUGUAUCUCCGGAGAUGUUAACAGACCAUCUCCCCGACACCCUCGUUUACCUUCUCAAGGAGUUACAACCCAUCGACGUAUCCCCCGGCAGUCACAUUUAGUCACCUUAGUCUCACUGGUUGGGGCAACAUCAAGACACCUCGAAUUUGUGAUCUUCGAAAUAAUAUGACUUGAAAACUAAACUGCUGGUUCAUUUUAAUUAUUACGUUUGCAGUUGGAAACAUUUGGCUUUUUAAAUCAAUAGUUGACAAUGUUUACUUGAAGCAAGAAUCUAAAGUUGAAAGCAGAGUACAGCACAAGUACACGAACGUUAACAAGAAUUUAAUUACUGCAUUCAUAUACCCACAAGCAGCAACAGGGUGACACUAAAUUUGAGGUCGAGUUUAUUGCGGUUACAUGAUUGUUAUUACAAUUUAUGUGGGACCGUGCAAAUCGUUAUGGUAAUCUUGACAACCUUAAUUUCUUAAUUUGAGCCGACCUAUGUUAUAUUGAGUAUCAAAGUAGGUUGUUGGACGUUGGUGCAAUGAAGGUUUUAUGAAUUUAUUAACUUAUCAGAAAAGAUUUAGUACCCUGAACCGUUAAAGUAUAGGAAAGUUUUAUUGACUUGUAGAUUAUUGUCAUAUAAUUCAGAGAUUAGUUUAGUUAAAUGAAUAGCAUGUUUGUAAAUUCUUGUUGUAAUAAAUUUUGAUAUUUGUUAAUUUUAAUUUUAAUCAGCCGUGAUACCCCGUGUAAUAUAAACAUUUAGCUUCUCUUUACCAGGCUGCACCAUUUUCUAUUCUUAUUCUCAUUUAAUCCUGAUCUAGUAACACCUUGAUGUCCUAUGUGAACUUAAUUUUGACCGAUUUUGUAUUCCGUAUCCCUUUUUUUGCGAUCUUUUUUGUAGCUUUUUAUGUCGGACAGAUAAAAAUAUUUCAAGUUGAUAUAAUUUCAAGAUUAAACGACUGGUUCAGAUAUACCUGGAUCAUAUUAACUUACAGUGUAAUAAUGACAUGAUACAAUUUAAAGUAUAUACAAUAAAAAUUCGCAAGUUAAAGCAAGCUAGCAGUGUGUCAAAGCAUAUAAGAAAGCAUAUAAGAAAAUAAAUGAAUAUCAUAAAUAAACAUAGGAUGUUUAAACUAGGGGCCACGCAGGAGCAACACCAGAUUCAGCGGACAUAAUCUAAAUAGAACGAAUUGCUAACUGACACUGUACACUAAUACAAAGUUACUGAAGCUUGCAAAACGUUACAUAUUCAUCGUAAAAUUUGGUAAUUAUCCUAAUAGCUGAUAUAGACGAAACAGCUCAUAAACAUGAAGUUCCCCGAACCAGGCUAUUAAAAUGAUUAUAGCCCUAAUUAUUCCUUUGAUGACAAUGAUUAGUGACCGCAUAAUUGUUUACCGGCACGAUCUUAACAGUGAUAAUUACAGUGUGAGUUGAAUCUACAGUUCAAUUAGUGUUAUUAUUCAAUUAGCGAUAUUAUUCACUUAUUGGGCCCCUUUUGUGAGGACAGAGCGGGAGACCCUUCCCAAUUGUUUUAUCUUACACUGACUGCCUUAAUAAGGCUGCUUUUCAAGUUCAAGAUGCAAAUGUAGCGGCUCAAAAAUAGUGAAUGGCGGUGUCAGUCUGUUUAUGUAUCAUUAUUCAUAAAAGGGGUACAACCUGAAUGAUAGAUUAGUCUAUAGAAACUUACACUGUUAUAAUUAGCGCUGUAAAUUGUGAAAAGGACGAAAGACACCGCUGCUAGCUUGAAGUUAUCAGAAUGUAUUUUAAAAUCCAUUUUUCACCAGAAACAGUAGUAUGAUGUAUAUUUAUGCAUGCCAUUUGUUAUGUUUUUGAAUUUGAGAACUGAUUCGACU